ACCCAACCCAACAGAACCCAACAGAACACAACAGAACCCAACACAACAGAACCCAACAGAACAGAACCCAACAGAACAGAACCCAACACAGAGAAGAGGUCUGGGGACCGACUAAGGAUGCCAUGGUGAUUUGUGCUUCUCUCUAUCGGUUUGAGAACAAGGUCUGUAAUAAGAGAACCAUUGAAACUAAUUGAACAUGGAUUACCAGUGUGCUCCUAAAGCCAGCGAGGCAGCGGCACUUUUCUCUUAAAUCCAAAAGAACGCUUUCUCUUUUUAUCUGCAAGAUCGAUUUCCAGACCAUUGAUUGGUUGAUGUGGUGGCUUCCCUCCCGGCCAGGCCAUCGGCUGCGUUAGCUAUCUACCAGAACAGACCAGAGAGAGAGAAAGAGGGAUGGAGAGUCUGGAUGAACUAGAGCACCCUCUGCUAGGAAGGGAGAGCCCCAAGGCAGAUCCCCGAGGACUGGGUACUACCUGCACCACUAACAGCCUGUUCAACGGUGUCCUGAUGAUGUGUGAGGAGGAUAAGACACUGCCCCCACUGGGCUGGAGGGUUUACUGCGGGGGGGCAGGAGAACCAGGACCAGGGGAGCUUGGGUACCAGCAGGCCCAGCAACAGCUGUUAGAUCCUUGCUCCCUCCCCAGCACUCUGGAGACCCUGUACCCACCGGCUCCUCUCUGGGGCCACCCUGACGCCAUGGGUCUGGGGAACAAGGACUAUUUGGAGACCACGUUUGUGGACAUCUACCCCGAGUCACCGCUGGAGAGGAAACUGUUUGCAGAGAGCGAACAGGACAUUCACUCUGUCUUCUACAGCCUAGAGGACGAAGACGAUCUGCUGCCCGACUACGAGGACUCGUCCAGCGAUGAAGAUUUCAGUGAUAUGGACAGUGACAGUAACUUCCCCCUGAUGAUUCCUCAGGAUUAUCUGGGUAUUGCUUUCUUCUCCAUGCUCUGCUGUUUCUGGCCUCUAGGCAUCGCUGCCUUCUACCUGUCUCAGAAGACCAACAAGGCAUCGGCUCAGGGGGACAUCCAGGGAGCGAGUACAGCAUCCCGCCAAGCCCUGUGGCUCUCUGUCCUCUCCAUGGUGUUUGGGAUCAUCACGUACAUCUGUGCUAUCGCUGCUCUCAUCUCCUAUCUGUCUGGGAACCCACCGUAAUCCCUGGCUGGAGACACACAAACACAGUUUACACACACACAAAUAGUAAACACACAGUAAAUACACACACACACACACACAAAUAGUAU